AUGUAUCAAGUAACAUCCACGUCGGUUAGUAAAGGACUGAAUGCCGGACUCGCCAUCGCUGCUGUGGUCAUAGGCCACAUCUUGGUCUGUGUUCCGGUAAUUCUUGACGGGUAUGGCGUACACGAUGUCGAACAGCGAAUGCGUGCUCACUCUCAUCAGUUAUUCCGAGGCAUCGUCGCCAUCAUCUGGUUUGGAACCCAGACCUACCAGGCCGGCCAAUGUGUAUCGGUGAUGAUUUCAGCCAUAUGGCCCUCGUUCCAGCAUCUUCCCGACAAGUUACCAGCCGGUUCUCCGGUAUCAUCGUCGGAGCUGCUCUGUUUUUUCCUCGCCAUCAUCAUACACCUACCCCUGCUAUAUCUGAAAGUUUCUAGCCUCCGCUACCUCUUCAUCGUCAAGAUGUGCGUUAUGCCCAUCUUUGGGAUUGUUCUUUUCGCCUGGGCCGUGGCCGGUGCUCAUGGUUUCGGUCCGAUAUUUUCGAAACCGAGUGUUAUUAGCGAUGGCACACCGGUAGUGGUGGUUUUCUUUCAAUGCGUCACAAGUACGAUUGGACCAAAAGCGACUCUGGCGCUCAACAUGCCCGACUUUACUCGAUACGCCAAGAAGCCUCGGGAAAUUUUUUGGAGUCAGCCGAUCGGACUGGUGAUAUUAGUGUCCCUCUGUGGUGUCCUGGGCGCCACAGUCACCAGCGCCACCGAGAUCAUCUAUGGGAAGAGGACUUGGAACCCUUUGGAGGUGGCUCUUCUCUGGGAGAACCGAGCGGCUCAAUUCUUCACGGCGCUUUGCUGGUUUGUUGCAUGUGUUGGCACCAACAUCUCGGCCAACAGUGUUUCUUUCUCCAACGAUAUAUCGUUGUGGUUUCCAAAAUACAUCGAUAGCCGGCGAGGUGCAUUCAUUUGCGCCUUCCUGAGUAUUCUCUCGAUGCCGUGGUAUAUCCAGCACUCGUACGUCUUUGCCCCUUUCCAAGAUAAUCCGGUGCUGACAACUAUAGCGCCGCGUCGUUUUCGGCAUUCCUCGGAGGAUACUCCCUAUUCCUCGGCUCGCUGA